CCAUUCUCGCCAUGGCCUCUGUACUGCUUCUGGUCCCCGCCGCCCUGGCCUCUUUCGUCCUGGCUUUCGGCACGGGAGUGGAGUUCGUGCGCUUUACCUCUCUUCGGCCACUUCUCGGAGGGCCCCCGGAGACUGGUGGUCCGGAUGUGCGCCAGGGCUGGCUGGCUGCUCUGCAGGACCGCAGCGUCCUCACCCCGCUGGCUCGGGACCUGGUGCUCCUGCUGCUAUUUGUGGGGCAGCACAGCCUCAUGGCAACUGAGACCGUGAAGGCCUGGACGUCCCGGUACUUUGGGGUCCUUCAGCGGUCACUGUACGUGGCGUGCACUGCCCUGGCAUUGCAGCUGGUGAUGCGCUACUGGGAACCGGUACCCAGAGGCCCCGUGCUGUGGGAUGCACGGGCGGAGCCAUGGGCCACCUGGGUGCCCCUCCUCUGCUUUGUGCUCCACGUUAUUUCCUGGCUCCUCAUCUUCAGCAUCCUCCUCGUCUUUGACUACGCUGAGCUCAUGGGCCUCAAACAGGUGUACUACCAUGUGCUGGGGCUGGGCGAACCCCUGGCCCUGAAGUCUCCCCGGGCUCUGAGACUCUUCUCCCACCUGCGCCACCCAGUGUGUGUGGAGCUGUUGACGGUGCUGUGGGUGGUGCCCACCCUGGGCACUGACCGGCUUCUCCUCGCUCUCCUCCUCACCCUGUACCUGGGCUUGGCUCAUGGGCUUGACCAGCAAGACCUCCGCUACCUCCGGGCCCAGCUGCAAAGAAAACUCCACCUGCUGUCCCGGCCGCAGGAGGGGGAGGCCAGGGAGGCUGAGUGAGGCCCUAGCCCUGGUUCCAAGCCUUAUACUUCCUCUUGCCUUAGAAUUAUCGAUCCCUCGACAUCCAGGCACUGGCUAGUUCAGUCCAGAAGCCCCAGAAGCCCAAACCCAUAAACUGAAGGGGCUGUCCCUUCAUGCUUGAGACUCCAGUUCCUGGGUGGGUUCAGCUCCAUACCCCAAAUUCCGAGUCUCUCACUGAACUCCAAGGUUCAUUUCUCACCAGCCUGGAAGAAAGCAUGGGGAACUAAUCUGUCUUGGCAGUUAGGUGCUGUCCUCCAUUCCUCACAAGAAGGGUAUGGCCUUUUACUGCCUCUGCGCCUCAGGGAUCCCCUUCUCCACAUACCCCCUGCCCCCAGCUCUGGACCAGGGUCUGCAAGUUUGACCAGAUCGCUGCUGCUCCAGACUUCAAGCCUGGCAGCCCCUGAUGCUCCGCCCCUGGGCUCCAUCCUCGAAUCCAGUUUAGAGGCUUCAGAUAACUAAAGGUUCCUUGCUCUCAGGAACAUGGGUUGCAGGAAAAUAAA